AGCUCCUCGCCGGCGACGCGGGAGGGCGGAUCCUGGCCUGCGGCCUCUCGCCAUGGAUAACCCGGAAAAUGUCUUUCAAAUGUUUGAAGCCCAUAUGCAGAGCUACAAGGGCGAUGACCCACUUGGUGAAUGGGAAAGUUACAUGCAGUGGGUAGAAGAGAACUUUCCUGAGAAUAAGGAAUACUUGACAACUUUAUUAGAACAUUUAAUGAAGGAAUUUUUGGAUAAGAAGAAAUACCACAAUGACCCAAGAUUCAUAAAUUAUUGUUUAAAAUUUGCUCAGUACAACAGUGAUCUUCAUCAGUUCUUUGAGUUUCUGUACAACCAUGGGAUUGGAACCUUGUCAUCUCCUCUCUACGUAGCCUGGGCAGGGCAUCUGGAAGGCCAGGGAGAGCUGCAGCAUGCCAGCGCUGUUCUUCGGAGAGGACUUCAAAACCAGGCCGAACCAAGAGAGCUGCUGCAACAACACUACAGGUUAUUCCAGGCACGCCUCACUGAAACGCAUUUGCCAACUCAAGCUAGAACCUCAGAACCUCUCCACAAUGCUCAGAUUUUAAACCAAAUGAUGACUUCAAAAUCAAAUCCAGGAAAUAACUCAGCCUGCAUAUCUAAGAAUCAGGGUUCAGAAGUUUCUGGGGUAGUAUCUUCAGCUUGUGAUAAAGAGUCGAAAAAGGAACAAAGGGUGAUCGUGAUUUCUAAAUCAGAAUAUUCUGCACAAGCAUCUUCAGCAGCCAGAGCUGACGUUCAGCAGGUUGUCAUGUAUUGCAAGGAGAAGCUUAUUCGUGGAGAAUCAGAAUUUUCCUUUGAAGAGCUGAGAGCCCAGAAAUACAAUCAACGGAGAAAGCAUGAACAGUGGGUGAAUGAAGAUAGACAUUAUAUGAAAAGAAAAGAAGCAAAUGCUUUCGAAGAACAACAAUUAAAACAGAAGAUGGAUGAGCUCCAUAAGAAGUUGCAUCAGGUGGUGGAGACGUCCCAGGAGAACUUGCCUGUUUUCCAGGAAAGGUCUGAGGUUAAUCCAGCAUGUAUGGGACCAAGUGUAAGCUCCCAGCAGGACCUGAGAGCCCCGUCUCUUCCAGCCGUCAAUCAUCAGACCUCAAGGAACAUGGAAGAGAAACCCAGAGAGACAACUCCUGUUGUUCCUCCUAUGGCAAAUGCUGUCACUGCCACUUUGGUGUCCCCGGCCAUCAGUCAGAGUGUAUCUCCUCCUGUUCCUUUGGCAGCCCAGCCAGGGACAGACUCCAUGUUUGCAGUGACCAGAAAAGAUGACAGAUAUGUGACUAAAAGUACUCAUGAAUUCAAGCCACAGAGUGAAGCCGAGAUAAAAGAAGGAUCUGAAACACAUAAGGUCGUUAACACAGGCUCUUUUCACACAACUCCAAACACGUCGCUUAGAAUGGUUCAGGCGACCCCAUCCAGGGUGCAGCCGUCACCCACCGUGCACACAAAGGAAGCAUUAGGUUUCAUCAUGAAUAUGUUUCAGGCUCCUACACUUCCUGAUAUUUCUGAUGACAAAGAUGAAUGGCCAUCUCUAGACCAAAAUGAAGAUGCUUUUGAGGCCCAGUUUCAAAAAAAUGCAAGGUCUUCUGGGGCUUGGGGAGUCAAUAAGAUCAUCUCUUCUUUGACAUCUACUUUUCCUGUGUUUGAAGAUGGAAACAAAGAAAAUUAUGGAUUACCACAGCCUAAAAAUAAACCUGCAGGAGCCAGGACGUUUGGAGAACGCUCUGUAAGCAGAUUUCCUUCAAAACCCAAUGAAGAAGUACCUCACGCCGAAGAGUUUUUGGAUGACUCAACCGUCUGGGGUGUCCGCUGCAACAGAACCCUGGCGCCCAGUCCAAAGAGCCCAGGACACUUCACGGCUGCCGCACAGCUCGCAUCCACACCUUUCCACAAACCACCCGCGGAUGCUGGGCCUGCUCUGGAGGAUAAAGAAAAUGUGGUUGCAAAAGAGUACAUCCAUGUGACUCUGGAUUCUCGUGAAGAAAACAUGGGAGAACCCUCAAAAGACAGAAAGUUCAGCUCAAUUCAAGAGAAAAGCCCAGAACCAGCAUUCCCUGCAGACAUAUCUUCAGCAUCCUUGCUCCGUGGGAGCCAGCCUGCAGCAGGUGGUGUGCUGGCCAGUGAGGUGGCACAGAGCCUCGAGGCUUGUAAACUCACAGACACUAACCUCAUCGUCGCAGAAGACCCACCCGGCGCCAGUGCCAGGCACCAAGCAGAAUGGACGCAGACUAGUUCACUUGAGAAUGUCAAUGCUUCAAACUUGACUGUUGAGAAUCCAUGGGAUGAUACGUUGAUUCUCAAACUUUUAUCUGGGCUUUCUAAGCCGGUGAGAUCCUAUCCAAAUACUUAUGAAUGGCAGUGUAAACUUCCAGCCAUCAAGCCCAAGACUGAGUUUCAACUGGGUUCCUUGCUGGUCUAUGUCGAUCACCUUCUUGGAGAAGGGGCCUUUGCCCAGGUCUAUGAAGUUACCCAUGGAGAGGUGAAUGAUACCAAAAAUAAACAGAAAUUCGUUUUAAAGGUCCAGAAGCCCGCCAACCCCUGGGAGUUCUACAUCGGGACCCAGCUGAUGGAGAGACUGAAGCCAAGCAUGCGACACAUGUUCAUCAAAUUCUAUUCCGCCCACUUCUUCCAGAACGGCAGUGUAUUAGUAGGCGAUCUCUACAGCUACGGCACGUUGCUAAAUGCUAUUAACCUCUAUAAAAAUACCCCAGAAAAAGUGAUGCCGCAAGCUCUGGUCCUGUCCUUCGCGAUCAGAAUGCUCUGCAUGAUUCAGCAAGUGCACGACUGUGAAAUUAUUCACGGAGACAUUAAGCCCGACAAUUUCAUACUGGGAAACAGAUUUUUGGAACAGGACGGUGAUGACGAUGAUGUAUCUGCUGGCUUGGCGCUGAUUGACCUGGGUCAGAGUAUAGACAUGAAACUUUUUCCAAAAGGAACUACGUUUACAGCCAAGUGUGAGACCUCUGGUUUUCAGUGCAUCGAGAUGCUCAGCAACAAGCCGUGGAGCUACCAGAUUGAUUACUUCGGGGUUGCUGCAACAGUGUACUGCAUGCUUUUCGGCACUUACAUGAAAGUGAGAAAUGAAGGAGGCAUCUGGAAGCCGGAAGGUCUUUUUAGGAGGCUGCCUCAUCUGGACAUGUGGAGUGAGUUCUUUCACAUCAUGUUGAAUAUUCCCGAUUGUCAUCAUCUUCCGUCUUUGGAUUUGUUAAGACAAAAACUGAAGAAAAUAUUUCAACAACACUAUACAAACAAGAUUAAGACCCUACGUAAUAGGCUAAUCGUACUGCUCUUAGAAUAUAAGCGUUCUCGAAAAUAAAAUACGGACAUUCCUUAAAAAUCACUUUGUAAAUGCUGGCCUGCUCACUCUGAUCCUUGAGGCUUUCCAUAUUUCUUGUUUAUGUAAAUGUUUCUUAAAAAUAAAGUCCACAAAAUAUA